GACAGAGAAAGAGAGGGAGGGAGGGGAGAGAGACAGAGAGGAGAGAGCCCAGCUAAGUGGCCCGUCGGGGGCUUGUGUUUUCUUUCAGCGAAUGCUAUGUAUCUGGGAAGCCAGGAAAUGAGGACUGUUCUGGAGAGAGACAACGGGACCAUCCAGAAGAACCUAAAGAAGCUGACUUUCUACUACGGAGCCUCCGACCUGUGGUGUCCAGUCCAGUACUAUGAAGAUAUUAAGAAGGACUUUCCCAGCGGAGACAUCCGGCUGUGCAAGAAGGGCAUCCAGCACGCCUUCGUCACGUCGCUCACCUCCAGCCGGGAGAUGGCCGCCAUGAUCAGAGACUGGCUGAAGGACGACCUGGCCGAGAUGUAGCCGGACGCCGGCCGGACGCCGGCAGAGCGUGGCCGUCCUCGGGAGGCCGGUGCUGAUGUUCGUUUGGUCAUUGGAUUGGGAAAGGCGCGUUCCAGGGGCGGCCGAGCCCGAGAGCUGGUCUGUGGCCCGUCCUCGCCUCCGGACGUUUCUGGGAGCCCUCCCAGGCCGGGCCUCCCCAGGACGCUCACAUGGAGACCCGAUGCCAGCUGAAAUGGGACAGAAAUGGUCUGGGACACCCCAAGAGAGCGGAGGCUGGGAAGAGUCCUCACCAUGCCGAGGUAGAAAAGCGUGUGUGCCCAGAGCAAGGGUGCCCGCCGUCCCCGGGACUCUCCAGGGGGGCACUAGGCAGGCUGCUUAGAUCUGAGCUGGGCACACAAUAAAGCUCUCUCUUUCUGCAGAUGGUGUCCUGGCAUGGGUGGGGAAUCCCUGAGAUUCAGCCGAGACAAGGAAUCAUUUUGUCCAAGUAAAUAAACCAGCAUAAAUCAUUAGCAAGAAGAGAGAGUAAAAAAGGCCUCCUUUAAAAUAGCCAGAGACAAGUCACUGACCCCCAUGGCCUACCCUGAGCACUCUUCUGCCUUGGAGCCAAUACACAGGAUUGACUCCAAGAUGGAAGGGGAGGGGUUAAAAAAUAGAAUCAAAUACCUGGGAAUAUGCCUGACAAAACAAACCCAAGAACCACAUGAGCAUAAUAAUCAAUCACUUUUCACACAAAUAAAGUCAGAUCUAAAUAACUAGAGAAGGAGUCAUUGUUCAUGGAUGGGCA